AUGUCCUUCUCCGUCGCCUUAAGAAACUUGUGGGACUUCCUCUCCAUCUCGUUCCACCUUGCGCGCACCUCCGGCAGCUUCGCCGCGGCAUCCGUGAUGCUCUUGGUAAUCGCCCUGCUCGACGCCUGCCAAAAUAUGAUGGCGAAGCAGAGUCCCAUCGUCGCCACCACGCAAGAGGCAAUCGCACAGUACAGCACGUUGAUGCGCAGCGGUCUCGGGGCGGGCUGUCCGAGGUUGUACGGAUUCAGGAGCGGCUGCUUCAGCAUCAUCCUCCGCUCGCUCGCUCCUGAGUUGUGCGAUUAG